GAGCUCUCGAUUACUGGGAUCCUGGCAGCAUCGCCUGAACUGGCGACUGUGCUUUCUGCGGUCAGACUUGCCAACCUGAACUUCGUGUUGGAAGGAGUUGGCCCGUUCACAAUGUUUGCACCGACCAACGUGGCAUUCCAGCUGCUUGGUCCAGGCGUUGCAGCAUCGCUGACCAGAUCCGAGAACACCAACUUUCUGACGCAGGUCUUGCAGUACCACGUUUGCUAUGGCAACACGCUCAGCCAGAAUCUGCUGCCGGGUCAGGAGCUAUCAACUUUUGAGGGAGAACGCCUCACCGUGAACGAAGUUACGCCUUUCACAGUGAAUGGCGUGCCUGUUUCGCGACAAGAUUUGGUGGCCCAGAAUGGACUGGUGCACACAAUUAACAGAGUGCUUCUUCCCCCAAAUUUUGCGCUUCCGGCUCCUACUAUGGACUUGGUUCAGCUCAUUGCCAGUGAGGAUUACUUGUCCAUCUUGCAUGAGGCCAUUCAGCUGGCAGACCUGGAAAGUGCCUUAAAGGCCUCGGGGCCCCUGACAGUUUUCGUGCCGACAAAUGAUGCCUUCGAGAAACUAGGGCCUGGAAUCGCCUCCUCUCUUUUGCUUCCUCCGAACCAGCGGAAGCUACAGGAGGUCCUUUUGCAUCAUGUGGUGAGUGGGGCGCAGACCACCGCAGCUUUGGCGGUGGGAGUGACCUUGCAGUCGCUGGGCGGAGGCCCGCUUUUGGUCACACAGAAUGAUCCCCUCAAGAUCGAUUCGUUGUCGGGGGUCAUUAGUCCCAACGUCCCUGCCACAAACGGCUUGCUGCAUGUUAUGGAUGCAGUCAUUAUUCCUUUUGGCUUUGUGUAUCCUGACAAAAACAUUCGGCAAUUGGUCCAGCAAAGUCCAGAGUUGUCGCUUCUAGCAGCAGCAUUGUCUGCGAGCAGUGCGGGAUCUUUACUGUCAGGAAGCGAUCCAUAUACCCUCUUUGCGCCGACGAACGAAGCUUUUGAGCAAUUGGGGAUCGGUGUCGCGAGCUCGCUGCUCAUGCCGGCAAACCAGGCCAAGCUGGCGCAAGUUCUACGGUAUCAUGUUCUAGCAGGCAGCUUUCCUCGGGCAGACUUCACUGCCAACACGGCUGUCCAGACAAUGGAGCAGAGCCUGCUUAAGAUUAGCUCCGUAAAUCCGCUCACCGUGGACACUGCCAGGGUGAGAACUGUGGAUAUCCCAGCGACAAACGGAAUCGUUCACAUCAUUGACUCUGUGCUGCUCCCGCCUGGCUUCCGCUUCCCUGACAAAGAUGUCGUGCAAUUGGCCGACAGCACGGCGUCUUUGUCCACCUUCAACACGCUCGUUGCCCUGGCUGGUCUCAGGACCGACUUCACUGCGACAGGCCCGUACACAGUGUUUGCUCCGACAGAUUCUGCCUUUGCUGCUUUGGGUAAGUCGACUCUGGAUGUUCUGCAGCAGGCCUCGAAUAGAGACCUACUGCAAAGAGUGCUCAGAUAUCACGUUAUCAGUGGCAAGACAGACAGUACUUUGCUGAGAUAUGGCCGGGACAUCCAGACCAUCGAGGGCGGAAUGAUCCGAGUCACCCCGUGGACGGAGUUGGGAUGGCAAGGUGUGGCUUACCAGAGGUUCCAACCCCCGGUCACGCUGAACACGGAUGUCCAGGUCUCCACGGAGAAUGCCUUGGCGACGAAUGGAAUUGUGCAUUUUGUCAACAAGGUUUUGCUACCUCCCGGCCUGCAGCUUCAAACACCCACUGCAGAUGCGGAUGCUGAUGACCCUGGAGUCGUGCGAGUUAUGGCCAGCACUGCUUCCAGCAGCACACUGGCAGGUGCCCUGUGUCUUCUGAGCCUGGCAAUUCUUUAG